CUUCGACUCGUCCUCCCCCCUCUCAAUUAUAGUUAGUAGCCUUGUGAGACCGAGCAUCCCAGUCAGAGCCGAUACUCGUUCUAAACACCACCGAAAGACGGGGCCACGCUGUCCCUCCUUCAGGUGACCAACGAAACAUGGAACGAACCUAUGAGGCCCAGCCUCAAUGAAUGAGAAGACAAUCCUUCCUAAACCUAUGACAAGAAUCAAUCAUUUCAAUCAUGUCCUUCUCGCCCCUCGGUCCCAUCCUCACCCCUACAAUCACCCUCCUAUCCACACUCGUAGUACUACUUAUCAUCAUCCUCUACCACAUCUACCUCCCACCAAGUUAUCUCAUCCGCUAUGUCUCCCGACUCUAUCCAACCGUUCUCUUCCACCUCCCAACCACCAAACCCAUCCUCAUGCUAACUAUCGACGAUGUUCCCAGCACGCACACCGCACGCAUCGCCGAAAUCCUACACGCUCACAACAUCCACGCCACAUUCUUUGUCAUCGGUAGUCAAAUCCCAGGCCAUGAAUCCACGCUUCGAUCACUUGUGGCUCAGGGACAUGAACUUGCUAAUCAUGCUAUGUAUGAUAAGCCGUCGUUCCGGUUAUCGGAUGAAGUUUUGGAGAGGGAGAUUAAGGAGGUUGAAGGGCGGGUGAAGGAGAUUUACGAUCAUCAAUCUGUUCUCGUUGACGACGACGACGACGACGACGACGACGACAAUGACGACGAGGGUGAUCACACCGCUACCGCCACUGAUAUGUCAACAAGAACAAUUGGUCCGGUUCGAAUCCCACCUCGCUAUUUCCGACCCGGAAGUGGGUUUUUCACAGCUCGUAUGCUUGCUCUACUUUCGUCUCUUGAGUAUAAAUGUGUUUUGGGAUCUAUCUAUCCUCACGAUGCACAGAUCCGGUGGUCAUGGCUGAAUACCUGGCAUAUUUUGCGGAGUGUACGUCCUGGUGGGAUCGUUAUAUGUCAUGAUCGGCCGUGGACGCCGAAGAUGUUGGAAGUGGUGCUUCCUGAACUUAAGAGAAGAGGGUUUAGUGUUGGGUCGUUGAGUGAGGGUAGGAAGUGGGAGGGAGUAGAAGAUGCGGGAGAGGGAGAGGAAGAAGAUGCGGUGUCGCGUGGGGCGGGAGGGCAGUCAGAACAAGAGAGGUUGGAUAAAAUGGGAGGAGGUGAACGAGUUAAGAGGUCGUGA